AUGGAUAAAUUUCUAAAGAAAAGACCUCGAGUUUCUAUCGGUUCUUCAAGUGCUAAUGUUGAGCAAGAACCACAACAAUUGGAAAAUCAUGUGGUAGUUGAAAAUAAUUCGGACGAGAUUGAAAUUGAUAAAGAGAAAAUCAAAGCCGACCCCGGAUUACGAGACCCUAUAGAUAGUUUUGAUGUGAAUAUUCGUGAUCGAAUUCGUAGAGAAUAUGUUGCCAAAGGUCCUUGCCAACCGAAAGGCCAUGACUUUCCAAAAAAAACAUAUGGGAAAGAUAAGAGAGGUUUUAGGGAUGUUUGGUAUAAAGAUUAUAUUUGGCUUGAAUAUAGUACGACAACAGAUGCUGCGUAUUGUUUUUGGUGUUUUCUUUUCAAGCGUGGUUAUUUAGCUCCAGGAGAUGAAGCAUUUGUUAGUGGUGGUUUCUCUAAUUGGAAGAAGGCUAAUGAAAGAUUUAGAGCUCAUGUUGGAUCAACGGGUAGUGCACACCACAAAGCUAGAAUUGAAUAUGAAAAUUUUGUAAAUCAAAAGCAGAGUGUGCCUUAUAUCGUUAGUAGAGUUGGUUCAAAACAAGAGAAGGAAUAUAGGAUUCGUUUGACUGCAACUCUUGAUGUUAUUCGAUUCCUUUUGAAUCAAGGUUUGGCUUUUAGAGGACAUGAUGAAACAUCAACUUCUUCAAAUAGGGGCAACUUUCUGGAGUUAUUAUAUUGGUAUAGUUUAAGGAAUGAUGAAGUUGGUCAAGUUGUAUUGAAGAAUGCUCCCGGAAAUAAUCAAAUGAUUGCUCCAUCAGUUCAAAAAGAUAUCGUUAAUGCGUGUGCAGUUGAAACUACACUUGAAAUAAUGAAGGAACUUGGUGAUGGAUUAUUUUCCAUAAUGGUUGAUGAGUCUCGAGAUUGCUCGGUGAAGGAGCAAAUGGCUAUUGUUAUUAGAUACGUGAAUAAAAAUGGAGAGAUAAUAGAAAGAUUUUUAGCCUUAGUUCAUGUUAAAGAGACUUCAUCAAGUUGCUUGAAAAUGGCAAUUGAUUUUGUAUUUUCUAAGAUGAAAUUAUCUUUGUCAAGAUUGAGGGGUCAGGGAUAUGAUGGGGCUUCAAAUAUGAGGGGUGAAUUUAAUGGACUUAAAGCACUUAUUUUAAAAGAAAAUCCAUCGGCAUGGUAUGUCCAUUGUUUUGCCCAUCAGCUUCAAUUGGUAUGUGUGGCGGUAUGUAAGGCAAAUCGACAUGUUUCUGAUUUUUUCGGAUAUGUUAGCCCGAUUGUUACAGUAUGUGGAUCUUCUUGCAAAAGGGCAGAUAAACUCCGACAAAUUGAAUAUGAAAGAAUGGUUGAAAGGAUUGAGAAAGGGGAAAUCACUUCAGGUAAAGGUCUAAAUCAAGAAACUUCUUUGCUUAGACUGGGUGACACUCGAUGGGGAUCUCAUUAUCUUACUUUAACUAGUCUUGCAUCUAUGUGGCCCUCGAUAGUCAUAGUACUUGAAACUGUAUUCGAAGAUGGGGUUGAUCAAGAAACAAGUGGCAAAUCUAAAGGGUUGCUUCAAAAGAUGGAAAGCUUUGAUUUUGUGUUUCUCAUGAUGUUGAUGAAACAUUUGUUGGGUAUGAUUGAUCCACUGUCUUGUGCGCUGCAAUACAGAGAUCAAAAUAUUUUGAAUGCAAUAAAUUUGAUAGUGACUGUGAAAGAGGACUUGCAAGCAUUUCGAGAAUCUGGAUGGGAUGAUUUAUUGCAAGAAGUGGAAGCAUUUUGCCGGGCAAAUGAAAUUGAUGUUCCUAACAUGGAUAAAAUUAUUCCAAGAAGAAUUCGUAUGAAGAAUGAUGGACAAAGUUGUUGA